AUGAAGGGCCUUUUGGCGCUUUGUACGACAAUUUUUCUCCUCUACGAGGCAAAGGUACGACGUUUUAACUGUAAACAAUUUACUCUGAUUUGAGAAAUUUGAAUGACGUGUAGUUAAAGUAGAUUAGAAAUGGUGUUUUAAAUAUAGAAAUUAUACUAUCUACAGUACUAACUUAAAUGGUUGUCAGUUCUAAGCAAUUUUCCCAGCUUAGAGGAACAUUCCUUGUAACGCCAGUGUUGCUACAGGAGGAAAUUGGAGUUCCCGGAGAAUGUUGUGUUUGCAUGAUAGAUAAGCACUCUUCUCGACGCAAAUUUUACUUUUUGCAACGGUUUAAAACUACGUAAUUUUGUACAGGCAUUCACGAGUGUUUCUUUGUUCUUUUACAGCUUCCAUUUGCCCUGGGCUCUUGCCCCACUUAUUAUCAACCAGGUACGUUUAGAAAUAUUUGAAUAACUUAAGUUAACGAAAGGAUGAAUUAAGUUUACGACGAUCGGGUGGAUUUAACAAAAUAUCUUCGCAGGAAAAUCUUACAUCUUGCAGGAGAUUUUUGUCCUCUUAUAUAUUGGAAUGCCAUAUAGUUUUUCUUAUUGCAAAAAUUCCAAAAGCGUUUUACAAGUCGAGAUUGUCUUGUGCCGACAUUGUAGUUUAUCACAAUGUACGGCGCCAUACGUUCUCUGAAAUCUACAUAUGCGGGAAGUGUUGUAUUUGAAUCACACAGAAAAUGUUUAUUUUUGGAUCUUGCUUGAUGGCAUUAUCAGACUUAUAAUAGUUUUGUUUGUGGAAACACCACGUAAAUUUACUACUGCAAAGCUUUCGAUCCGUAAGUCCGGAUCUUCAUCAGUGCUAAUAAUAACAUAUUAUUAGCACUGAUGAAGAUCCGGGCUUACGGAUCGAAAGCUUUGCAUUAAUAAAUUUACGUGGUGCGAUUUCCACAAACAAAAACUAUUAUAUAUUUUAUCGCCAUGCAAACGUACAGAGAACUUAUUAUCAGACUUGUUACACGGUUGUUCUGCCAUGAUAUAACAAGAAUGUUACAAGGUCGACAACACAAGGUUGUAACAAUAUUGUUAUAUCAUGACUGUAUCGGACUUGUUGGAACAACCUUGCAACAAAUCUGAUAAUGCCAUUAAGCUUGUUACAAGUUGUCAACAUCUUGUUUCAAAUUUGUUGACAACUUGGAACAAGCAAUGCAUGCAGCACAACUUGUUGACGGCUUGUUGGCAGACUUGUUACAAGAUGUCGGGUUUUUGCGUGUGUAGGUGGGGGGGGGUCCCCCCCCACCCCCUCCACCCCCCUGUAAGGAGAACCCUGACUAGAGUAAUCCGAUAUUGUGUAACUGGGGACUAAAGCAACUAAGUUUCUAACUGUUUUCUCGUUUAGAUGAGCUCCAAGGUUCGGCGGUAUCCCUAACACGUACCGCAUCGUUUAAUAAAGCCGUAUGUUCCGAUGCUAGUGGGGGGUCAUGUUCCGCUGCAGUUGACGGAUUAGCGGAUGGAGCGCGACUGCAUCAGUGGCAGACAAGUGCUAGUCAUGGCACUGGUCACUGGUUUCAACUGCAUUUUCACAAGUUGUUUCGUGUGAAUAAAAUGCGUUUUAAACAGCUUUCUACGGACUACAAGCAAAUUAAAGACAUGACAAUUAGAUUCACUACUGGAGCUGGAUCAAUUCAGGUAUGUUCUGAGAAAUCCUACCUGCUACCAUCACUCCGGGAGGGAGGGGGGAUGUCUUUUUGGUUAUUUUAAUUUUGCCCAUAAUUUGUUAAACAAAACAACUAUUUACAUAGUAUUAAAAGAAAUGAUUAAGGCUAUGUUUUGCGAAAAUGUACUUUCUUUGGAGACACCAUUUGCCUCCUGAGAAAUAGCAAAAUUAUCAAGAUAGUGACUCUGAUGAUUUACAUAUUGUAUUGACAUAUGACUGUUGACAUUGCUUUUCUUUGGAAAUGACAAUAAAUUUUUAUUACCCAACCUUUGAGUUUUUUGUUUUGUUUUGUUAUGAUUUUACUCAACCUUAUACUCACUCAAAAUGUUGUUUACUCAAACCCGUUUUUCUUGUGCCACACCCUGCCAUAAAUACGAGACCUUUUGUCGAAAUCAAGCUAUUGUUGGAAUUUGAAUGCAUAGCACCACACACGUAAAAAUUUCACAGCUUGUCCACAAGAUGUGUUCGCAACAGGCUUGUAGCCAACUUGUCAACAAGUUGUAACAAUGCUGUUAUUUUAUCAAGUUGCUACAAGGUUGUCACUCACAACUUGUUGACAAAUUAUUGAAUUGCAGGACGAUAACAAGUUUUUGGAACAACUUGUAACAAGUCUGUUGAGCUCAACAGUAUCGAAGUCUAGUACCUUCGAUACCAAUGUGUUCUAUGAUCAUGAUAUUUUUUGUGUGCGUGUUGGUGUUAUGUACUCAGGUGAAUAUGAUGUUUGUGAUGUUACUCUGAGUGUAUAUCCACACCGGGCAGGCUGAAAAGUUUGCCUGACCACGGUGGGAAUAGAACCCGCGACCUUUGGGAUACUAGUUUAUGCACGCCUCACGGUUGAUUGCAAUUGGCCGUAGUGACUCUGUCGGAUUGUCACCCCCCCCCCAAAAAAAAAAAAAAUGACCAGGCCCUAAAACCCGCCAAUGUUCAGUGCCUCAUGCUAUUUGUUUUAUAAUUUUCAGAUACAAUUAAGUUUGCAGACAGAUCAAUGGCAAUCGUUUCGUUUUUCCGCACGAAAAGUAAAUUUUAUGCAUAUGACAGUACAGUCGUUCUACACAUCAGAGAAUUUGGCUUAUGGUUACCAGGAAAUUGAAGUAUUUGAAGAAAACGCAGGAAAAG